AUGUCCUCGCCAAAUGCUGUACCUGAGACACCUCGCGUGAUAUCUCCGACCCCGUCGAUAUCAGACCGGUCAGAGUCACAAGACGGAUAUGCCGUACCAUUAACACGGUCUGCAGCACGUCGCCAGCGUCAUCCAGAUUCUCCAGAUGAAGGAUCCAGCUCAGCACGCACGCGAGCUUCGAGGUCCCCUACAACACGCACAGCGCGCAACCGCCGAUCAAACCCCAAGAUACCCGCCUCGCCGCCCCGUUCAGUAAACGGCACAGCCUCAAGCGGCCAUCUAUCCCCACUAAGCAUCCCCGAUGCACUACCUGAUCUGUCCCGGUCGCCAUCACCCAUUGGACUCAUCCCUCUACACGCGCGCUACCGCAGCUUCAUCCACCGCCAUGAAAUCCCCCGCAAGCUCCUCCACGUGUCGAUCGGAUUCUUGACUCUAUCGCUCUAUACCAAAGGCGUUCAAACCCUGCAGAUUACCCCGGUACUAUUUACCGCUCUUGUGCCCAUUGCAGCAACGGACUUGAUUCGUCACCGAUUCGAGAAAUUCAACAAGUUCUACAUUCGCUGCAUGGGUGCCCUCAUGCGCGAAACAGAAGUCACCGGCUACAACGGCGUCAUCUGGUAUCUGCUUGGCGCAUAUGUCGCCCUCCGUUUCUUCCCCAAGGACGUCGGUGUCAUGAGCGUGCUACUCCUUAGCUGGUGUGACACCGCUGCCUCAACUUUCGGCCGUUUGUACGGCCGCUACACCCCGCGUCUGCGGCCGGGAAAGAGCUUGGCUGGCACCGUGGCCGCCUGGCUCGUUGGUGUCGUUACCGCCGCUGCUUUCUGGGGGUGGUUCGUGCCUGUCGUUGGGCCCUUCCCCAAUGAUCCCGAGGAUGCAUUCAUGUUUACGGGUCGUUUGAAUCUGCUCCCGAACUGCGUUCGUGGUCUUCUUGGCUGGGCGCCCAGUGACUCGGCGGUUGUUACCGGCCCUGUGGCUCUCGGUGUUAUGAGCUUCGUCUCUGGCGUUGUUGCUGCCGGCAGUGAGUUCAUUGAUAUGUGGGGUUGGGACGACAACUUGACUAUCCCUGUUCUGAGUGGAAUCGGCCUCUGGGGUUUCCUCAAGGUCUUUGGCUAG